AGACAGUUUCACCUGCCUCAGCUGUUGUGCCUUGUGCCUCCUUUAUCAUUUUUAUUCCGCAUUUUUGCCUUUAACGGACCUGUAUUUAGAGUUAAUAAGUGCUGACUUCUUAACCUUAAUCAACCUACCAACCUAACGUGUUUCCUUUAUCCUCUCACAUUCUAUUCCAUCAAAUCCAACCUAUCCAUAUCCAUCCAAUCCUAGUGACGAAUAAGCAAAGCCUUGAUCAAGCUUCUUCAUUCCCCCCUCUUCUAAUCUCUCCAAACCAUCAUCGGUACCCAGCAUAUCACCUACGCUACGACUCUUCCUCGAGCUUCUUGAUAUCUAUAUAUCAGCAACUUAACCCUUGCGAUGGCUGCUCAAGUAAACGGUGAAGUUCCCCCUUCAUCCGCGACCCUGUCGCACAUUACAGCAUACCCUGUUGUUAGUGAUGGUAUUGCCUACUUCAAAGAAAACGCCUACGGUCAGAAGUCGAUAAAGUUGAGCGGUUCGGCCUAUAAGACUUUUGCUAAGCCCGUCAUCCCUUACUUCUCGAAGCCUUACCAAUAUGUCUCGCCCUACAUUAAGAAGGCUGACGUGAUUGGUAACGAUACAUUGACAAAGAUCGACGAACGCCUGCCUGCCCUUAAGAAACCGACUCACGAAUUGUGGACUGAUGGCAAGAACUUUGUCUUUUUCCCCGUUCGCAAGGGAUUUGAAACCAAGGACCACGUUUUUGACGUUUACAGCUCCGAGUACAAGAAAGUUGGUGGCGACGGCUUGGUAACAUCUGGCAAGGCGCUUGUCUCGACCGGCCUCGUGGUCACUACAGAGGCGCUCACCUGGGUUGGCGAUUUCUUAAAAGCCAGAAAAGUGCAGGCGAAAGAAACAAGCAACAGCGCAACCCAAUAGUUCAACUACCGUACAGGAGACGUAUACGAGGAUGAAAAAGACAACUCUCAACACAGAUUUCCUUUCUUUCUUUUGAUACCAUACAGCAUUUUUUUUUUUUUACAUCGUUGGCCUUGAAAACGGAAAAUGGAUAUUUUGGAAUCCGUGUUGGGUAUUGUGUGUCGGACACUUCGAAAGGGGUGUGCUAUGAUGGUAUAUGGCCCAAGUUUCAAGGCAUUCACUUUCGCUUCGCAUCCUAGAGCAAGGGGAAAGAGCUUUGCGUCGUGAGAGUAUCUGUCCAAGGCGUUGAAAAUUCGAUUCAGUCAUCUAGUUAACUUCCGAUCAUAACCUUUGACGCGGCCUAAUUGUCAAUGAAUUCCAGAGGGGGAAGGGCGAGAGUGUAUAAUAUGUAGGGAAAUGGAAAGGGGCGCCGCAAAGUUGUGCAAAGCCGAGUCGCGCGUAGGUAAUGACCUGUAUGAGAAGAGAAUAUAUUUCAAUUUUGCUAUAACUGCCGCCCAUUUUUGUGUUAUUCUAAUUAUUAUCAGUAAAUCUUGUUCUUGGUGGUUAAUUGGAAAGUAAGAAAUCGA